UAUUGGAAUGCCAGGGGAAGCAGCCUUAUGGACCCCAUUUUACAGGGGAGGAAUGCCGAGGCCCAGGGAGAGAGGCAAUGAAGGCUCAGGAUGGCAUCUGUGUUUGCAGAGAAAAGCUUUGCAGUGACUCCAAGCAGGAAGAGGAAAGAGGGUCAAUGCAAAACGCCAGCCCGAGGGGAGCGAGCCUCAUUUGGGCCCAUUAUACAGGGGAGGAAUGCUGAGGCCCAGGGGGAGAGGGGUCAUUGACGUAAAGUCUGGAUGGAAGCUGCGUUUGGUUUUGCUGUCUCGGCAGUGACUGAAGGCAGGUCUGAUAGCCAGGAAGGGAAAAGAAAGCCAGCUUGUGCAAUAGCUGGGCCCUCCCCUUUGUCUCUUGAGCUGGGGAAGUCUGCCCCACGCCUUCCCCUUCAGCUCCAUGGUUACAUCCCCCCCCCCUUUCACUUUCACCCGCCUCCACCACCCCCUCUCCUGCCUGCCUGCCUGCUUUUGAUUGGACUCUGCAGCUCUCAGAUCUGCUUGGAGAGGAUGCAAGCUCAGCAACGUUGUGAAGAAGGGGAGGGGGAAGAGGAAGAAGGAGGAGAAGGAGGAGGAAGCAUCAACAGUGGAUCUGAGGGUCCUUUCGGGAAAAGCCCCUUCCAUCUCACGGCCGAAGAUGUCUACGACAUCUCUUACAUUCUGGGAAGGGAGCUGCACACGCUGAGCACCGAGCCCCAGGCCGAGGUCCCCGCCCGGGUGGCCCGCUUGCAAUUCAAGGUGGUCAGCAUUCUGGAGAUGCUGGAAGCCCUGGUGAGCGAGAACCACCUGGCCGUGGAAGCCCUCAAGCUGGAAAGAGAGAGCCUGAAAAGGGAAUUGGAGGAACUCCGGCAGCGAGUGACAUCUGGCACUGCUGGAGAGGUAAACCUGGGUCCCAACCAAAUGAUUGUGGACCUCACAGACGUGAACCGUCCCCGUUUUACGCUACAGGAGCUCAAAGACGUUCUUCAGGAGCGCAACCACCUGAAAGCCCAGCUUCUCUUCGUCCAGGAGGAGUUGGAAUGUUACAAGAGUGGUUAUAUUUCUCAGAAGCAGGAAAAGGACAGUCCCACGCAGAGAGAACCGACUGGGGGCACACCCUCUGGUGCCACUAGACUUAAAGAGAAAACGACAAUCAAGCAAUGGUUUGCCUUUAAAAAGUUACGCUGAACUAUUUCCUCCCUGGGAUGUCACAACCUGGAAAGUCACAUUUUAAAAAACGUACUGCGGUUGCAAUACUUGAAGUUUGUUUAGUGAUCUGCUGCAGCUGGUGGAGGCUUCAGCCUCUUCUUUUAGCCCAAUUGGUUCUCUUCUUUCUUUUUCUGGUUGGCAUUAAGCUUUUUCAAACCUGCUGCCUUCCAAAUAUCUGGGACUUUUAAAGGCAGAUAUUCUGAUAAUAACUUUGCCACGGUAAAUUUUUACUGGGAAGUUUGUAUGUCUGCAGUCAGCAGAAUAAAGUUACGCACUUCGUUUUCAAGAAUCCUUGAAAUUAUGUUUGCAAACAUGGCUCCCCAAUUUUUGGAGGCAUCCAAGAGGAAGGGUAUACAGGUAAUCCUUGAAUUAUAACCAGUCCCCCCCCAUUUCCCCCCCUCCCCCAAUUUAUUCAACUUUUUUCCAGGCCUUCCCAUCUCUAGUAAUUAUGGAGGUUCUGUUUUGAUUUUGUAGUUCAGAGACUUGGAUCAUGAAACCUGGUUCAUACAUUCUACUAUGCCAGUUUGCCGUUGCAGCCACCACUGCCUGGAUUCACAGAACAGACAAACCAUGACUUGAAAAAGAAAUAUGGCAACUUGUUAGUACAAUGUGUGAAAACAGCCUCAUCCUCUGAUUCGUAUGGAUGCGUUCAUAUUAACAAUUAAGGGCUGCCGGAACCUCCAUCGCUCUCAGUCAGAGAUAACAAAACGUCUUCAUUGUUAAUAAAUAGUUCACUUUAUUUAGACUCUUGUACAGAUCAUUCCUCUUUAAUCAUUUCUAAAAAACACAUUAUCAGCCUUAAGUCCCCAAUUUUUGUAGCGCCAGCAUCAGAGUUUGAAACAGCGCUCUCGCCCCGCAAGAGUGUGACGCUCAGCUGGGACUACAUUUCCCAGGAUUCCCAGCCAGAUGUGUCAUCCCCACCCCUCUGGAGAGCACCAGAUGGGCGUGGGGAAAAAAAUGGCAUACGUGAAUCUCUGGCCCGGAAGUAAACUUGGGAAACGUGUUUCUCGAUUCUGCCUCCUAAUUCUUACGCAUUUCACAAUUCUCUCCUCCCAAAGUGCUUCACUGCAGCCUUCACCUAGCCCCGCCCCCAGGGGUGGGAGCUAAGAAUUCUGGGAAAUGUAGUCCCAAUCCACUCUUUCCAGGAGAGAAUCCAUUCCAUUCGCUGUUUCUACAAGCCGGAAAUUCCAAUUUGGGGAACGCCAAGUUAAUAUACCUCCAUCCAAACAGUUGAUGCGAGAAGUGAUUUCAUCCUAAAACACUUGGUUGCUAAAAGUCCCUGUUUAAGACUGAGCCCCACGUUCAAUUAAAAAGCCAUUUUUCUGCUGGUUUUCCCAUGUCGUGUUGCCACCAAGAGACAAGCAACAUGUUUUUCAAGCAAUACCCAGCAACCUACUUUGCAAACUUGGAGAGAAGAGGUAAAACUGGGCUGAGGAACUUGCAAAAGGAAACUAUGGGCUGUUUAGAGUUUGUCACGUUCCCUCCCUGCCUCCAUUGCCUGCUUCCUUUCUCUGCUUGCCAAUGGCAGUUUUGAUGGCUCACAAUAGCAAAAAAAAAAAGAUAAAACAGCCGACAGCACAACCAGAUCCCCCAGUCACAUACGGAGAGCCAAGCUCCUGAAGGACAAGCUGACACUGGCUUUCACAUUGCGAGCUCUGUAGCUCCUUCCUGGCCAAAAAGUCCAGUGAUUCUCAGCAGAGAUGAAAACUGCUUUCCAAUUUUCUUCCUCUUUCUAGAAAGAGGUUGCAAACAGGCUGCUUUGAAAAGACCACGUUUUUGGGUUCUUCCAGCUGCUCUCCUGAACCAGCUCUCCAUCCCCCGGCCGUUUAGCAGAGACAUGAUCUUCUCCCCCAGCUUUUGAGGCACAGAUCACCCCAGAUCCCCAGACCCCCCCAAACGGAGGUGAUAAUCCUGGACCCAGAGCCCAAACCUGUCUUAAGGAAAGCCAGACCAUCCCUCAAGCGUUCUUGUCCGCCUUCACUGGUGCCUCGCUAAGGAAAGGGGGAAAGCAGGUUUCCUUCACAAACUUCAUUGGAGAUUUGUUCACCCUUUCUUGAGCAGGUCCCACCUUAGAUCAGUUUCAAGAAGUUGCAUU